GACUAGGCUAUGCGAUUUCGAUUGGUUUGCUUUUCCGUUUCAUGUGCGUCGUGGGCGCACUGCCGUCAUCCAUUGAACUCACGCUAGAGCUAUUCAUGGUUCUAAGGCAAGGUUGAGCCGUUUCCGGCCCCACCCCAUGUGAGAACAGCUGGGCUGGAUGUCUGAUAUAUGUCCCAACCUCCCUGAUCUUUGCAUUGAUCCUUUUGCCUAGUCAUCAUACCGAAAGCACUUGCUGAACAUGUCUUCCACAGGUGGUCCAGGACAAGCUGGUCCACCACAAUCUGCGCCGUAUGCACCUCGAUACAUCGGCCUGGGCGGCAGGCCAGCAAUAAUCCCAGAUAUACCGAUAACGUCGGCCUUUCUCGUUUUCUAUCUCAUCUUCGCCGUGAUCCACAUAAAGAUUAUGAAAUACAACAAGCAUCGGGGGCAUAAGUUCAUCUUCAAUGGAGCGUUAUUCGGGUUCUGCAAAGUGCGAUUGAUUACCAUGUCCUUGAGAAUAGCCUGGGCAUGCUACCCAACGAAUGUCAGCCUCGGAAUCGCAGCGCAAGUCUUUGUCUACGUCGGAACGAUCAUUCUCUAUCUCUGCAACUGGUUCUUUGUCCAACGCGUUAUCCGAGCCCAGCAUCCGCACAUUGGAUGGUCAACUCCGUACCGAAUUUUCCACCGGGGCGGUAUGAUAGCACUCAUCCUUGCUUUGUUAAUGAUCAUCGUGGCCUCUAUACAGCAAUUCUUCACUCUGGACUUUACUAUACUUCGAGUCGACCGGGACUUGCAACUUGCGGCAUUCACAUUCUUCGGAGCCUUUACCCUCGCACCAUUGUUUAUGUUGCUUGUAUCCUUCGUCAUACCCCGCGAAGCAACAGAGAAGUUUGGUGCUGGUCGUCUGAGGAACGCUAUUGGUGUACUCUUCAUCGGAAGUUUCAUCUUGGCGCUCGGCCAGUGUUUCCGUACUAUCACCGGGUGGCUUCCAGAGGUGCCGUUGCGCAAUGAUCAAGGUCAGCCCAACGCAGUCCCGUGGUACUUCUCCAAGGCCUGCUUUUACGUAUUCAACUUCUUGACCGAGCUGUUGGUCGUAAUCUUCUACGCUGUCAUGCGCGUCGAUCUUCGCUUCUACGUUCCCGAUGGAGCCAAAAAGCCAGGAGACUACCGAGCAUACCGCCAAAGCCAGUUCAAUGUGGACGUGAUUGGCAAUGAGAAGAGGCUCAAGCGCCAAUCUGGGCCCGCCGCAAGCGUCAAUACGGUUGCCUCAAAUGAGACCCUCCAUGAGUACGAUGCUUCCAUCUUUGAAGAUACACGCACUUUAGCCGACUCACUCCGUUUCCAGUCAUCUGUAAUGGAAAUCGAUGACAAGACUGGCAACUGGAAAGUCAAGCGCCCGUCGAUGUCAAACAACGGCUCAAUCAGAAGCAGCUCACGACCUUCAAGCAGGUCACAAUCCUCGCUGUGGGAUCCCACCCGAGCAACCCUCCUGAGCGAGCUGGCGCCACCGGUCCCAUUGCUACCCCAAUCCGCGGACUGGCCUCUGCGCGGAUCUCGAAUGCCCCUUGGCCAGCACCCAGUCAAACAGCAACGAGUCCGUUCAAGCAGUUCACCUAACCAAUCCUCUCAUCUGAUCUAUGCGAAUUUUGCGAGCACCCCGGACAUUGAGAAGAGCGAUGCCAUCGACAUGGCCUCCAGAAAACUCGAGGGAAACGCACCGCCGGACUAUAGUUUUGUGGUCCUCCCAGCACCGAUGCCGACAUACCAUCCUAGCUUUGACGUGCCCCAAAAGCAUACUUACGCACCCGCUUCUUCGACUCCGGACAUUCUCAGCAAGAGGGACUACACGCCUACCCCUUUCACCCUAGCCGCGUUCGAUCUGCCUGCGAAAAAGGACUGCUCUGCGCCCGUUGCGGAUGCGUUGCCGCAGGGGCAGACGUCCUCGACAUACAGCGAGGCCAACAAAACGAGCAUCAAUACCGAGGCGGCAGAGAGUGAGUUUGUGCGCUUCAGCUUCGAGGCAUCGCCGAGGAACCGCAGUUUUGAGGACGAGCGGAAGGCGCCGCGAAGGUUUCUAUGACGGCUAAACAUUUAUUCUUUUGUCACGUGAGCGUUGGCAUUUGGCGUUUUUCUCAUCAUGCCGCUGGCACCCUUUGCAUGUGUAUAUACAUAACUGGUACCAUAAGGAGGUUGAGAUAGGAUAGUAAUUCUUCUAGACUCGACUUGAUCACUGCGGCGACGACCAUCCCUCCGUGCUCACUCACACGGCCAUGUUCAUCAAUCCAGUCUCCGGAAGCCCAUCCACACUCUCUCGAAUCCAAACACGGGGUUCUUGAGAUUCUUCGCAGCUUCCCAGCGUUGCCCCGGCACCAGCAGCUGCAUGGCCCCCUCACCCACAGCCCACCCGAGAAUAGCCCAGUAGCGUACCGAGCCCCUACCCCUCUUGUUCACAGUCCGCGCGCCUAGCGUACCGUGCCCGAGCGUCAGGCUGGCAACACCAAGGCGAGGGGCUGUGGCAGUAGCGGUG